AGAGCUCUUCGGACUCUAUGAAACAUGGGUGAAAAACAGAAGAAGAACAGUAGCAUUGUGACUAUUUUCUUGUUGUGGAACACGAUGAUGGGUGUUUCAUUAACCAGCAUGCCUUGGGCGUUGCACCAGACGGGUCUUAUCGCGGGCUUGUUCGUCUUCGUUGCAAUGGGACUGCUUUGCUGGUACACGACAUACUUGGUUGUACAAAGUCCAAAGAAACUAAAGCACAUUGACCCGAACAAUGUGGAAUUCACGGAGGUGUGUCGUGAAUAUCUCGGACGUCCAGGAGAAGUCACUGCUAUCCUUUUCUCGAUAUUUGUUCUGAGCGGUGCUGUUCUCGCUUAUUACGUACUUAUGUCCAACUUCCUUUUCUUCACGGGAAACCUCAUAUACGGCCUUGCACAUCCAUCAAAUGAAACUUCAGAAUUGCAAGAUGAGGCGCGGUGUAACUUCCUGCGUCAAAUGGAAGGUCAAGGGAACGGCAACUUCACUUUUGAACCAGAGAUCCUUUUUGGACUGAAAUGGAGUCAAUUGUGGCAGUUAAGACUCAGUGUGCCCAUUCUACUAUCAAUAUUGACAUUCACACUACUGAACUUCAAAUCUCCCACAUUUUUUUCAAAAUUCAAUGUACUGGGCACUGUAUCCAUUGCCUAUUUGCUGCUCUUUAAUGGAGCACGUCUAAUCAAAUGUGGAGUUCAUGUUUCGUUGACAGAUGUGAACUCGGAGGUCUACACCAAAGUUUUUGACUGGAAUUUUCCCGCGUUAACCGGAGCGUUGACAUUGUCAUACUUCAUACAAAAUGUUAUAUUAUCAGUUUUGAAAAAUCAGAAAAAUCCCGAAAAUAAUAUUAGAGAUCUCAGCAUUGGUUUUGCACUGGUUGCUUGCAGCUACAUAUUUGUUGCAGUUUCUUUUUAUAUUGCGUACCCAUUUGAGAAGAGGUAUAUACAGGAUAAUCUUCUCAACAACUUCAGCGCUAGUUAUGCUUGGAGUGCAAUUGCCCGAGUGCUAAUUUUGUUCCAAAUAAUCACAAUAUUACCACUUAUGGUAUUCUUUAUUCGUACGCAGCUAUCAACUUUUGUCUUAAAGAAGAACUACCCUGGGCUGCCUUUUGUCGUAGGUCUUAGCGUAAUCGUUGUGAUAUGUGGCGGUUUGACUGCCAUAUUUUUCCCCAACGUCGGCACCAUUGUGCGUUACGUUGGUGCCAUCUCUGGGGUCGUGAACUCCUAUGCGUUGCCUUGUUUAGUUUACAUGCAAGAACAGCGUCGGGAGAACACACUAACAAUCCCUAAAAUUGCCCUUCACUCUCUUAUAAUUGUAUUCGGUGUUGCGAACCUUAUCGCCCAAUUUUUCAUGUGAUUUCGAUGCGAAACGAUAGCGACAGAAUCUAUAAUAUUCUUGCGACCCACCCGAAAAUUUGGAAACUUCUGCAACAAAGGCAGAAAAGACCUUCUCGUUGUUGUUUAUUGCGAUUGGAU